AUGUCUGCCCGCUAUUCGGUGGCCCUCGCGCUGGCCCUGCUCGUCUUCCACCUCAGCUUCUCCCACGCAGUCAAGUGUUACAAGUGCCGCAACGGAGAACCCGAUGACGACGACAUAAACAAGCUUCCCCCGGACUGGCCCCGUUAUCACCCGGACUGUAUGCAGGGCAGCAAGGACUUGCCGACCUGCGAGACCAACAGUGCUUGCGAAACGUACAUGCUAACCCAUCCGAAUGGGACGCAUUUUCGCAGAAGCUGUGUCUCUCGGGAUUUUCCGGUCUUCAUGGGCUGCCGCCGUGAAAAAUACGAAGAGUACCAGGAAGAGCUAUGGACCUGCAAUUGUAAAAGUGAUCUGUGCAACAACUUGGAUGAAGCCGCGCUGGAGGCCAAGGCGGCCACCUCAUCCAGCCCCUACCUCAUCGCCAUGGCCGUCGUCGGCGCCAAGCUGAUCGCCUUUUUC